UCCCCUCCCACCUCUCCCCUUUAGUCUUAGCACUUGUAGGGCAGGACUGAGCAGGCUGACAGAUAGCGCACCCAGCUGGUGUCCCGGGUCUGUGAGAGACCCUGGGAUCUGAGCAAAGGAGGGGUUCCAGUGGAGUGUGCAGCAGCAACAGGAGCCCCACACACAGCGAGGACAAAAAGCCCAUUGGACUCCUUCUGUGUCGCUUAAAAGCUACAGACUGACACUGACAGAGCACUGUCACCAGGGGGAUUUCAGCCGUUUUGUGACUGUGCGCGUGUGUGUGUGUGUGUGUGUGUGUGUGUGUGAGAGCGCGUGUGUGUGUGUGUGUGUGUGUGUGUGUGUGUGUGUGUGCGUGUGUGCGUGAGAGAAAACACGCCUCAGGUGCAAGAGCUUUUGGACCGUAAUCAUCAAAGGAUUUCAGCUUGACGAGAGCCUGGAGCAAUGUUUUGAAGAACACUGCUCAGCUGCUGUUACCUGUUGGGUCUUUGGCUGGAAAUAGGAAGGAAAUAUCCUGCGCAACCUUUUACAAAAAUAAAAGCUCAAUAUUUAAUAUCGCUCAUAAAGGCUGAAUCUUCACAUCUCACGGAGGGAGUAACGUUCACCACAGUGGAGCAAGGUGGCGGCGAAAAAGAUGCCCACCACAAAGAUAAAAAAGCUCCCUUUGAACAGUGACAUUGAGAGUAAGGGGAUGAUAGAUGCAAGUUAAGCUCUGAGAGUGACCGACAAUUCCCGAAGAGAACCCUGCACUCUGGUCAGAGUAUUUCCAGGACAUCAGAACUGAUUUGACUCCAACGUUGAGCAUUAGAGUUGUUAUCCACUCAGGAAUAUGAGUCCGUCUCCAGAGUAAAAAAGCCUUUCAUGUGAGGAGCCCGUGACUAUCUGCAAGUCUGAGAGGAACCUGCCUUCUUUUUCUGCAAGCGCCGUCAGGAACCAAGAGUUCUCACUUUUCACGGAUUAUUCAGCCACUCAGCAGGGGAGCUUAGUGCAGGAAAUGCCAGAGGCAAGUUCAUCCGUAGGUAACAAGCCCUCCUAAACUAGAUUGCCUCCUAGCCACCGGAUUUGGAUUUGUCUACAACCCCCGCUCUGCUGUCUGCUGGUGACGGAUGGCUUUGUGAAAGGUGACUUUUCCUGAAUUUUGGAAUAUUUAUCUACUUUGCUAAACACACACACCUACACACACAUACUGUAAACAGCCAGGGUGGUGUGUCUGUGCAUGUGAGUGCCUGCUCACAAGGAACUCAUCCACUCCUGUUGAGAUGUGAGAUUGAUUUCUUUCACUCUCUUGUUCCUCUGCCCCUUGAAGACAAUUCAGCCCUCUGUAAUUCUGUGCGUUAAUAACUCCCACAGCGCUAUGUGAAUGCCCCCCCCCCCCCCCUUCUCCCAGGCAUGCAUAUGGGCUACAACUUCUCUAUUUAUGGAAAUUGCUAUCUCAAUGAUUUCUCAUACCUGAAAAGCUCACAUUUUCAUUCAGUGACUAUAAUUUGAAGAUCUGGAUAAGAAGGAUAUAUAACUCUCCAUUUCUUUGUUGUUUUUUUAAAACCCAGAAGCUUUAAAACGUACACAUCGGCAUUGAGCCACCACGAGAUACUGGAGUAAGUCUAAGAUGGCCACCCCCGUGCAUCCACUCUUGAUUAGCUUCUCCCUGGCCAUCCUGCUGGGGUUGACCUCUCUGGGUGGACUGAACUCUUGGCCGUCAGGUCAGGCUUCGGCCCAGGUCUCUACCGACAACCAGACGACGGAGCCCUCCAUGAUACCGGAGGCCGCGCUGGCAACCCCUACACCAGAAGCGGAGGACAAAACGGCUCCCUCUAAUGGUAACCGUUGCUGGGGUUACUAUGAUGUCAUGGGCCAGUGGGACCCGCCUUUCAACUGUAACGCAGGUAUCUACCUGUUCUGCUGUGGCUCCUGCUUCUACCGCUUCUGCUGCCAGUUCAAAAUCCACAGUUUGGACCAGACUUCCUGUUCCAACUAUGACACGCCCGUGUGGGCAAACACCGGGAAGCCGGAGAAACCUGUCACGGAGGUCCAAGAGGAACCGGACAAGGAUCGGACCCACAUGAUCGUGUACAUUAUCUGUGGAGUGGUGGCCAUCAUGGUGUUGGUCGGGAUUUUCACCAAGCUCGGCCUGGAGAAGAGUCAGGGAGGACAGACGGACAUGACCAACUCCAGGACUCUGACAGAGCUUAUGAAGCAGCCAGGGGAGGCAGGACUGGUGGAUGGAGCAGGGGUUCAUCAUCCUAUAGGGACCAACGGCAUCUCCACCAGAUCACUACGCUCCAACAACGAUCAUAACCAUUUGAACAACGCAGCCUUGUCUCCCCUGGGCCCAGCCAUGGCCUUGUCUCACCCUCACAACAACCUGGGAAUUGGCUUCAACAAGUACACCUCGCUCAAGGCCGUGGACACAACUGCUGCAAGAGACUACUACAAGAGCUACCCAAUGGUGGAUUACACCCACCGCCAGUCCCCUCCCACGUUCCAGCCAAUCAACUUCCACCCCAAGGACAAGCCCUUCCUCCCGCCGCCCGACAUCCACGCGCCACUGGCCAUCACAAUCAACGCCUCCCAGAUCCCCAAGCCCAAGAUCUCCAAGACAAACACCCACCCCCUCACCUCCAGCUCGGCCUUCAAAGCAUGGGACCCCAGUAAGAGUCACAUCCAGCACCCGGUGGCCACCCACAUGAGCCUCCAGGGGCAGCAGCACCACCCCAUCCAGAUCCAGCAGCAGCACCACCAGCCGCUGCACCAGCAGAACAGCCGGCGCCUGGCCUACUCCAACAAAAGGCAGUUCAGCAUCGAGACGCUGCCCGAGCUCUUCUCGCAGCCGAUGGGCUACAGCCACUCGCCACAUGUGCACCCCAAGCACAAGGGACUGCCCACCAACAGCAAGACGGAGGUCACUGUCUGAACAUGGGGAUGAAUGGGUGAAGAGACAGAAGAGGAAACCAAGUGGAGUUGUAAGCAACUUUCAAAGAAAUGCUCAGAUAUCUGUUAUAUCCAAAGCCGUAAUGAAGAGAGGAGAGAAAGCAAAUAUCGUGUAUAAUCAGAUUUUUUUUUUUUUUUUUUACAUUUUCCUCAUCAUUGUUGACAACAAUAAUAAUAAUAAUAAUGUCAGUGAUAUUUGUGUUAUUUUAUGACCACUGGAUCAAAACAAAAGGUGGUGGAUCGGCAGGUGCUGGCUGUGACUCUUUGAACCUGGCCGCUCCUCUAAAUAAUUGAGGCUCUCAUUGUGUUGGCACAGCUCUCCCCUUCUUCUGCUCUCAACCCCUUUGCACCUCUGCACAGCUCUGUAGCACCACUCCACCACACACAAACGUUCAAAUCCCGCAUACACACACUAUUUACCCCACAAACUACCCAUCUGCUACUUCAGCACCAUGGACAGCACCAUGGAUUUAUCAUAACACAGCACAGUGAUAGCCGCUUUUGGGACACUCCUGAAACACACUGCGGCGGGUCUGGUGGAAUCACAAAAUGGAAUCAAGUCUAGAGUGGCCACGAUCAGCUCCGGCGCUGGCGGCACAGCCGGAAUGUGGCGCAGCCGCGCCCGGUGGAGGCUACUGAUAUUUCAGAGCCAUAAGGUCGGGGCCGUGGAUUCUAACUUGCACAAACCUCAGUGAGAUAAAGGAUCAAUGAGUAAGGCAGACUAGACUAACAUAUUCAACUAAACAACCCCUCUGCCACUGCACUCUCUCUGCUACUACGAGAUGGAGAGGGGUGAUGUCAGGUUAACAAGGGGCAUGCAUUUUGGUCAUUUUGCUAACAAGGGGGAUGGCAUCCCCAGUAAAAAUCACCUGCUGUUUUUUCGGAAACUGUCAGAGAGGCUGGUAGGAGGGAGUUGGUUAUUCAUCUCAUUCCAGGCAAAUGAGAUGAGAAGGAUCUGAACCGUGUACACACACACACACACACACACACUACACACACUUGUCAAAAACUACAGACUGUUCCCAGCAGUCUCAGAGACCACAGGCACCUCCCAGUGACACACAAAGAGAAACACACUUGUCUCUCCACAAACUGAUCUUCUGAAACUGGCAAAGUGAUUUAGCAAGCGCUCUGUUGGUAUUAGUAUUGGUUUUUUGAGCUGCUCACUUCAGUCACUAUCUUUUGUGUUACUGUUGAUGUUAACCUCUAAAGAAAACCCACGAUGGGUCACGAUCCAGAGAAAGGGAGCUAACGAGUCCAUGUAUCCUGAUAGGUUGUUAUGAAGUCAUUGCGUUCUCUCCUCCUUCUCUGCUCCACACUAGUUUAAAAAAUGAGGCUGGGUUUGUUUCAGAGAAAUGUCAGCCAAUGCUGCAUAUUGGUACAAACAUUUAGUUGUACCAGGAAGUGAAAUUAUGUUCUCUGAAUAUAGAUCAUGUACAUCCGUUUUUGCAUUUGACUCUAUUCAGCAGACGGAUCCACAAGUUUGCAGAGACAUGAUUUCAUAAUGUCUGGAUGUUUAUGAUGUCUGGAUGUCAUAAUGUUUAUGGAUGUAGGAAGAAAAAAAGCAGCGAUGCGUUACUUUUCACAGUAUGGCUAUUCCUAAACGCAGCUGUUUGAUGCAUGUGUUUACUGCUGCAAUGCUAACAUAAUCUGAGCGGCUGAAACCACUUGUCAGUGCACUGCAAUUUACUUCAGUCCCUGUAAUGCUGUCCUUUUGCAUCCAGUGAACGAAAAGUGAUUUAAUUCCUGCUUUUAAUGCUUUCAAACACGGUAAACACAUCUAGUUUUUUUUGGCAUGGAAAUUACCAGAUUGUAAGUUUUGAUGCUUUUAUGCUAUUUAAAUGUUGCGUGUUCUUUGCUGGCUCGCUAGCGAUAGCCACAUUCAGGACUCAGCUGCUUUUGUUCAAGGCUGAAGGGUAUAUGAACCCCAAAGCUUCAUCGUGUGGACUUCUGGAGAGCUGCGUGCAGUCACCGGGGCUAACGUUAAGCUAGCUGUUGAUGGUCAGUAAAUACCUCCAAACUCUAGGCUGGCUAUUUGAUAAACCAAAAUCUAUUUCUUCUAUCUCUACUUAAUUAAAUACAGAAAUUAUGACGUGUUGUUUUUUCAAGGAAAAUUCUGGUAUAUUUCAACCUGGCGCAUUUUCCAGGACAGCAGUUACACCACAUGUUUCCUGAAGUAUGUCUUUCAGGACAGCUCAGUUCUCUUUCUUUCUUCCAUUUGAUUUAGCUCCUCGUCUGAUGUGUGCGGUUCCAUUUAAUCAAAGUGAAAUGACCUGUAAUAAUCCUUAUAAUAAUAACAAUAAUAAUAAAUGAUGCCUCGGAUGUAGAUCCCUAUACAGUUAGCCACAAUGGCCGCUCCAGGUGGCUUCUUUUAGUCAGACUCCGACACAACCGUUUGAAAGAGUGGAGGUGGCGAGUGCAAAGUUUGCAUGACCUGUAGAGUCACAUCUAUGGGAAAUACGUUGACAUACCGGAAUUUCUCUUUGGAUGAUCAAAUUAAUGGAGCAAAUAGUGUAACGAUUAACUUGCUUCUGAGGGAUUAGUAAAGUCAUUACUGUUUAUAGUAAUAUAUUUGACAUUAUAUUACGUUUUUCAAGUAACUUGUCACAUGCUGACAAUUGCUUGCUUCAGCUGCUUUUCAACCUUCAAAAUCUCCACACCAGCUCCACACCACAUGUUCUCCCCUCCUCCUCCACUGUUCAGAACAGCCCAACAGCCAGCCUGACUCACUGAUUGAAUUCACCUUCAUUUGUUAUCGUGAGGACACCAGCUAUGCCGCAGUGCAUAUGCCUGGCACAUGCUAUAGCACAUCAGACAGGUGGUGGAACCUAAUCAAACGGCAGCGCUUACCAGAAGUCACACACUAUUUAGCACUUUCUCUCGCUCCCUCUCUCUUUCAGUCUCUCUUCUGUCGCUCUCUCUCUCUCUCUCUCUUUUUCCACUUCCUGGCAGCCUCCUGACAGACUGUCUUCUACCCCCCCGGACCUCGCUCUGUGCAUCCAUGUCCAUGAAAGUUGAGCGAUGGAUACCAAGCACUUGUCUGGUGUUUGGUACCCAGUGCUCCAAGCUGUUGUAAAGCAUGGUAUUCUCACUGGGUUCUCAGAGCAUGCGGGGGGGGCAAACUAUUAUUAAUGACAGAGUCAGUCACAGGGCAGACUCCAGAUUUACUCCCUAAUACACCCUCAUGCUCACACGCACAUGCAAGCAAACCUCAAGCUCUCACACUCAAAAGAAAACACUCACACACUGGCAUCCACAAACACAGACAUGAAUGACCAGAUGCUUUACAAUACAUUAUUCACAUCUGGAGCUUUGCUGGUGCAGACCUGCUACCUUAAAACUUUCAUGUAAAAGAGAUAUACAUUUUUGAAUCCAUUGAUUUUUCUCCCAAGCAGAAAUGUCUGUCUGCCAAAUUCCUCAUUUUCUCAUCUCAAUUUAAUGGAGCCGUGGAUGUACACAAGCAAAUAAAGCGAGCGACAGAAUACAACUUUAACUGGAGAGAAUAACUUAGCAAUAUAAUGCUUGUUUGUAAUGCUGCAAUGGCUUCUCCACUGUACCUCUCCAAGAUGUGAAAAACCUGCAAAGCGAGGCUGCUGUAGUGGUGCUUGGAGCUGCCGGCAAUGCUUUUGUAAUAAGGGAUCAGCACAGAGUGGGGAUCAUGAAUACAAAAGCAUGGAUGGGAUAUGCAUGUUGUGAAUAUGCAUCAAACACAUCUGCGCUUAUGCUCUCGCCAGCACUGCACUGUAUGUAAUGUACCAUGUUGCAGCAGGUCUCUUCUCCACGGCUUCCCUUUCUCUUUGACUUUCAUUGGGUGCCACACUUUAAGUGGGUCACUCCAUAUGUAUGAAAAGAUUUCUGGCCUCUAACAGCCCUACCAAAAUAUUCUGUGGGGUCUGUCCUUAAUCCCUCGGAAUGCAUUAGAGGUUGAGAACAAACGAGGAAUGACAGCGAGUAAACAAGCAAUAUGCGUCGGUAAAGCAAUAAGCGCCCAGCCGUCCUCACCCUAUCCUUAUCUCUCUCUCUAUGUCUUUCUGUCUGGAGUCCUCCUCGGAGUUUAAAGGGUGAGCGCUAAUGAGGGUGUGGGUGCGUUCAAACCGAGCGGAGAGCUGAGCAAAAGAUUGGGCGGUGUUGCAUGGACUCAGCUGAUAUGGCGAUGGUUGUUUUUCAUUUGGAUUUGUUUGGGUCGUCUAAAAAACAUUAAUUCUGGGUUUUAUCUCUCUGAUGUACUCAAACAACCAGCUUUCAAACGCAUGGUGUGACUGUAGCUGAAAGGGGGGAAGUCGGUCUUUACUUACUGAAUUGCACAAUUUCCGCAUCAUAGCUAUUGUUGUGCUUGGGUCUUGGAAGACAUGGACCCUUUCAUUCUCUGGUUGACUUAACAAACAGCACCGGAGGUUUGACACAAAGGCAACACUUGCUCCAGGAUUUACAAUAACAGGAAUCUACAGUAAGUCCUUCAGGACAAACAGAGCCUGAGGACAGGCUACCAGCAAAACUUCUUCUCAACUUUCCUCAAGUUUCGUUGGCUGACAUUGCUCACAAUGAUUUUCCCGACAGAGUUUAAACAACAAGCACUGUGAACGGCAGAUUCUUGAUUAUCUUCUUGGUCUUUGGGAGAUGCGCAUCAGACGUGCCACAAUCACAAGAAACACUCUUGCUGAUGUGCUGGAAAAACACAUUUUUAGUGUUAAUUUCCCUGUUGCCAGGCAUCCAGGAUGCAGACUUUUUUUCUCCAUGCUGAAUGGACUCGAUGACUCCCUUCAGGCAAAGGACUGCCUGGAAAAGCAGUUGGUAAAGCUGAAUAAAUUAGACCGGAACAGCUUCUGAUGAGCCACAGUUUUGCCUCUGUUGUAGACAAUGUAAAUACUGGAACACAUGCAAAAACAUACACGCACACAUACAUGCACACGAAACAAGACACAAGAGCUACAGUAAUUAUAUAUCUUCCAUAUGAUGUCCACAACUUUGUGGUACGCAACAGGACCAAAAGCCUUGAAUCAGGGGAAACUGAGUACACCUAACUGAUGCUUAAACAUCCAACACAGUGAGAAUGCUGAGACUGUUUGGAUCAUCAGUUUAGAGUGCGCUUACUCAAUCUCUCCUGAUUAACGACAGACUAUGGCGCCACUCGCUCAUCUCAGAGCUAACUGACUGUUGUUUGUAAAACUUUCUCUCUAUAAAAGAAACAAUGCAAGUAUUCUACCACGGGUUAUCCGAAUGCAACCUGGUAGACAUACUUGGGCUCCAUGAUCCCUAGCAAUAUAUAGAUUAUGGUGUAUGGUUCAAUUGUUUCUUUGUUUUCUGUCAGUUUGGUUUUUUGUAAUGUGUUUUUUCAAGGAUUAAUCUCCUGUCAAAAACAAAAAAAAAGCUCAUUUGACUAAUGGAAAGUGCUUCCAGAUGUUAGACUCACGGCUGCGCACCCUUCAACCCUCCCCCUACUCACCUUCCUUUACCACCAGAGGAUGUCAUAUGUUUGAAGCUUGUGAUCUUUUGAGUUACAUUGUAUGGUAUACAUGCACUCAUGUAUUUAAUGUUAAAAGAUAUUGCAUAGUAUCCAAGUGCUUUGCCAACACAUUAGCUGAAAGAUGAAAGGAAGAGUCAGUGAUUUCUUGUACAGCUUUUUGCAUCUGCAAAAAAAUGACAAAAAAAAUAAUUCAUGCAACGUUUCAUGAUAAUUUGUAAUGGGCAGCAAUAGGCUGCCUUGGAUUGCUAUGUACUACUUGUGUAUAUAUGUAUGCUGUACCACUUGUCUGCUGUGAAAUUUGUUGACUACUCAGCUUAUAUAAGGGCUUUUUAUAGAUAUAAAAAAACAGACUGGGCAAUCACUCUCUGUAACUCAAGACAAAUUUCUCUAGAGGUUUUUUUUUUUUUUUUUAGGGAUGACGGGAUGUGAACAGAAUUUUCAUGCAUACAAAAUGCUCUAUAAAUAAAGUUUUGACUGACAAACUGGCUGAACUGUCUAUAGGCAAACAUACGACGUUGGCCCAUGUGUCCUGUUUGAAUAAAUCUUUCGAGAAAUAUACCAUUCAUUUGUUAAUCGUGCAUGUGUGAACUGGCUGUUUCUGUUCAGGAGGAGCAAUAUUUUAAAUAAAUGCUAACAUAAAGACCUUUUUGUGACAGCCUAAACUAGAUUAUUAAAAUUACAGUUUGACAUUUUGGGUAAUACGCUUGUUCGCUUUCUUGCUGAGUCGUGCUGUGUCUCAAUUCAGAAACUUUGGUUGGUACACUUCCAUGUAGACUGUACUACACUGGAUUUAAGGGUAGUGUUGUCUCAAAUAGAACAUGGCUGUUGUGCACUUACCAGAAAUGACGAAUUCUUCUUCUUUUUAUCGAAAAUUGCAAGAUGGCAACCAUUAAAGGUGAGAAGUUUCCACACUCAACUCUUUGUUAAGCGUAUACUAUCCAGGUACUAAUAGUGCAUUGCAUUUUGCCAUACAUGUCAGUGUGAACGCACUUAUGCACUCAAAAUAGCAAGUGUAACUACGUGAAAACACAAAUUGAGAUCCGGCAUUAGAUACUAUAUGCCAAAAAACACACCAGAGCAGUGGCGAAGCGUGGCAUGUGGUGAGCUGCCAUGCAAUGUCUACGGAAAGCUACUUUGAGCUCAGUUUGGAUUACGCCAUGAUGUGCAGCCAAUCAGUAAACAGAGUCUUCUGACUCCUGUGACAUGUUGACCUUUGUCACAAAAAUUCCUCCCCACCUUAAACACAUGAACACACCUCCCCAAGAAAUGUAAUUAUCGCAGCAAGCAACGUAUGCAUCCGCGUACCGGAAAUUUGUGCCAGGCUAGCUUUUUCCCCCUUUUUCCAGUCAGUAUGCUAAGCUAAGCUAGGCUAAGUGCUGACUGUAGCUGAGACAUUUUCAGGGAAUCAACAAGUAAGUGUAAUAGUUCAAAUAUUUUUAAGCAUCAACAGCAAACAUCCGUUUUUGGCAACAUGUCAUGACUUAUUUUCUACACUUUUUCACAGGAUUAAACUCAACGCAGAAAAGGAAAUAUACCAACAGUUGCCAGAACGGAUCUUGCAGACAUUACAGGUAAAAGCUCCAUCUGAUAUUCACCAAGUUCAGGCUUGUUGGAGCUUGUCAAAAAAAUAUUCAGGGAAAUACAAGAAGAUAAAUAUUUUAAAUGAGUGGGUUCACCAGCUGGGUAAAUUAUGAAACUUCAUCACAAAAUAACCCCCAAAAGCACUGACUCUCAUUGACUGAUGAUAGAAACCUAAUUAAAUGGUCGUGACAACAACAUUCGUGGUAGUGCUAGAAUAGGAACUGCUGCCUCCUACAAGCUGCAGCCCAAAAGAUCUGCUUCAAGCUUUCAUUUGACCCAGUUAGAGAGUUCCCAAGCUCGACGCCCGACACAAUAUGCUUUCAGGUUUGCUGCUAAGUGCCGCACAUUGAAACAGAAAGGACAGAAAGUCACAACAUUUAACAAAACGAUAGACAGGCAUACCAAAAGGUUAGAAUAUGAGGAACUGAGAAAAGGGAAUGCCAGUUUCCUCAUCCUCUAAU